AUGGUGACUACUAUCCUUUGUGCUGGGCUCUACCCAAAUGUUGUGCAAUGCAAAAGAAGAGGGAAGCGGGCAGCAUUGUAUACCAAGGAAGUUGGAAAAGUCGAUAUCCACCCGGCAUCUGUGAAUGCUGGAGUUUUUCUUUUCCCUCUUCCUUACAUGGUUUACAGUGAGAUGGUGAAAACUACUGACAUUUACAUUCGAGAUUCAACAAAAAUAUCCGACUAUGAACUGGAGACGAAAUUGCGAGAGGAGCUUGACAAACUUCUAAAGAGGAAGAUCGAGGAACCUGGUCUGGACAUCUCUGUUGAGGGUAAAGGUUUAGUUGCUGCUCUGGUUGAGUUGCUUCACAGUCAGAAUGUACG